AUGUUCUUCCGCAACGUCCAGACCAGCGCACGCUCGCUGAGCCGCUCCGUGGGGCAGCAGCAGGUGCGCCUCAACUCGAGCCUGCCCAUCCCGCCCAAGAUUGCCACGCCCAAGUCCGUCUCGGGCCCCGGCGGCUCCUCGACGCGCAUGGAGGGCGUCGUCAACUUCUACAAGGCCCUCCCCAAGGGCAACGCCCCCGUCCGCCGCGGCGGCGGCAUCAAGGCCCGCUACUUUGACGGCGAAAACGCCAGCGGAAAGCCCAUCGUCGCUACCCUCUUCACCCUCUUCCUCAUCGGCUACUCGAUCGACUACGCUACCCACCUCCGACACCACAAGAACAACCACCACUGA